CACAACUACAGCCAGAAACAUAGGACACUGUCAUUCCCACUUUGCACACAAGUAUACUCCGUUGCAGCUGGUGGCAGCAGACUACGCAGUCGGAGACGAGGACCAGCUGGUUGCGGGGAGUAGAAAGUGAAUGGUUAGCCAGCGCCUUAGAAUUUACUGCUUGAUAGUGAAUAUCCGCGGUUUGUUCUGUUACACUUGACUUUAUGGGUAGCACAGUGUUCCACAAGGGCGGUGUCAAGACGCAAGUAUUUGCGUGUGCUUUAACUAUCUCGUAGGCAUGAGCUGGCUCGCAGAAGCAAUAGGUCCAUUAUGUAACUAGCAGAACGAAUUAAUUACAUUGUUAAUGAGGGACACGAGUGGUGUUAAAUGAUUUCCGAUUGCCUAAUUAAAUGGCUAUAUGGAGAGAAAUGUCAACAUCAUGGUAAGCAGUCAUAUUCACGCAUGAUGCCCUCUGCAAUUUACUUUGUAAUCGAAGAUGGCGGAGCUAGAUGGGUUCUCGAAUCGCUCACAGAACAGUAUGGCUAACAAGAACAGCACCCUGCGCUGCACGUUUUCUGCUCCCACACAUAGUACCACACUCUUGCAGGGGUUGUCGGCCCUGCGUGAACAAGGACAACUGCUGGACGUAGUGCUGGCCAUCAACGAAGAGCGGUUCCAAGUCCAUAAGGCAGUGCUUGCCUCCUGCAGUGACUACUUCAGAGCUAUGUUCACCGGAGGCAUGAAGGAGUCCAAGCAGGACACCAUUGAGCUGAAGGGCCUGUCUGCUCGGGGCCUGAAGCACAUCAUUGACUUUGCGUACAGCUCCGAGGUCACUCUGGAUCUAGACUGCAUUCAGGACGUGCUGGGGGCGGCCGUGUUCCUGCAGAUGGUCCCCGUGGUGGAGCUGUGUGAGGAGUUCCUCAAGUCGGCCAUGAGCGUGGAGACGUGCCUGAACAUCGGCCAGAUGGCCACCACCUUCAGCCUGGCCUCCCUCAAGGAGUCGGUGGACGCCUUCACCUUCUGCCACUUCCUGCAGAUCGCCCAGGAGGACGACUUCCUGCACAUCCCCAUGGAGCGCCUGGUCUUCUUCCUGCAGAGCAACAAGCUGAAGAACUGCAAAGAGGUGGAGCUCUUCCAGGCCGCCACCCGCUGGCUGCAGCACGAGGAGUCGAGGCGGCCGCGCGCCCACGAGGUCCUCCGCCACGUGCGCUUCCCCCUCAUGCGCUCCUCGGAGCUGGUGGACAGCGUGCAGACGGUGGACAUCAUGGUGGAGGACGUCCUGUGCCGCCAGUACCUCCUGGAGGCCUUCAACUACCAGAUCCUGCCCUUCAGGCAGCACGAGAUGCAGUCCGCCCGCACGCUGAUCCGCUCGGACGUGGUGUCGCUCAUCACCUUCGGAGGGACACCCUACACCGACAACGACCGCACGGUCAGCAGCAAGGUCUUAUUCCUGCCGGACGCGGCCGCUCGGCAGUUCAAGGAGCUCGGGGAGAUGGAGACGGGCUGCAGUCACGCCUGCGUCUCGGUCCUGGACAACUUUGUGUACGUAGCGGGCGGUCAGCACCUGCAGUACCGCAGCGGCGAGGGCGCGGUGGACGCGUGCUUCCGCUACGACCCGCACCUCGGCCAGUGGCUGCGCAUCCAGCCCAUGCAAGAGAGCCGGAUCCAGUUCCAGCUCAACGUGCUGCAGGGGCAGCUGUACGCCACCGGGGGGCGCAAUCGCUCGGGCAGCCUGUCCUCCGUCGAGUGCUACUGCCCCAAGAAGAACGAGUGGACGUACGUGGACCCGCUGAAGCGGCGCAUCUGGGGCCACGCCGGCACCACGUGCCGGGACAAGCUGUACGUGUCCGGCGGCUACGGGGUCUCCGUCGAGGACAAGAAGACGCUUCACUGCUACGACCCGGCCACUGACCAGUGGGACUUCAAGUCGCCCAUGAACGAGCCGCGCGUGCUGCACGCCAUGAUCAGCGUCGGCGACCGCGUCUACGCGCUGGGGGGCCGCAUGGACCACGUGGACCGCUGCUUCGAUGUGCUGGCCGUGGAGUACUACGUCCCUGACACCGACCAGUGGACCACGGUCAGCCCCAUGCGGGCCGGCCAAUCAGAGGCGGCCUGCUGCCUCCUGGGGAAAAAGAUCUACGUCGUCGGCGGCUACAACUGGCACCUGAACAACGUCACGAGCAUCGUCCAGGUGUACAACACAGAGACGGACGAGUGGGAGAGAGACCUGCAUUUCCCAGAGUCCUUUGCAGGAAUCGCGUGCACACCGAUCAUACUCCCACAGACCACGACUCAGCGGUGAGCUCCUCUAGUCCGCACGCCAGCGCGGGGGGUCACACGCUGACGGCCGCGAUCCCUUCACCCCCCCUGCCCGCCCCGUCCCCCUUUCAGGCUUGUGUUCUAGACCCAAAACUGUGCAGACAACUCUCAGGACAUUCCAUAGCUAGUGUGUCCGGCGAGGUAAGGCAAGGUGAGGGGACAAAACUCUGAAUGAAUGUUCUUUUCAGGUGCGUCAUGGGUAUCAGGGAGAUGCUGCCUUGUCGUCUCGUCCCUGUUUGUGUGCAACGUUACGGGACGCACAUCACUGUAAGUGGCGCUGUCUCUGUCUGCUCCACUGUUCUCCACGCUAAGGUGCCUGCCAACAUGAACAACUUCCACAACGAAGACUUCCAAAUGAGUCCUUCACUCCUGUCAGCUCACCCACAGGUGCGGAGCGCACAUCCUCCUGGUGUAGAACUGUAAGAGAUAUCGUGGGAGAAAACGAAGAUUUGAUUGUAACUAUCUCUACAGGCUCGUAUACUUUCCUUCCGUUCAGCACAGUGUGUUCCUUUGCGUGUGUGUGUGUGACCACAGUGUGUUUUGUGUGAGUGUGUGUGUGUGAGACUCACCUGCAGUAGCCGUCUUGUCUCGUCUUGUGUGACCGUGGGCCUCUGAGAUAAGGAAGAGUGUCAUAGUUUAUAGAUGUGCGUUGUUAACAUUACACCUACUACAACUGCUAAUCUCAACCCAGUGCUACAGCAACAGAGCACUAUGGGACUUAAAGGGAUAUGCGUGUUCCUUAAAGGGAUAUCCGUGUUCCUUAAAGGGCAACUGAAACAGGACACAGACAAAAAGUCUCUUAUCUUCCUGGUUUGUUCAUGCGGCAUUUAAAAUGAAGAUAUUUAUUUACACUUUUUUAUUUUUAAGCACAACAUUUGACUCUUAAAUGGCUAACCAUAUAGAAGGUUUCACCAUAUUGCCUUGGUUUGUGUAUUUUAAGUCUUACUGGUAUUAAUUAUUGUUGCAUUGCAUGACAAUUGAGAAAGCACAUUACAUUUCCCAAAUGCAUUUUAAGUCUUAAGAAAUUAGAAUGUAUCGUAUUGCACCUGAUGAUGAAGAUGUCUUAACGCUGAAGUGAUGUUUGGAAAAGCCUAGAUGGUCAUUCUUAAAGCUAGAGUGGUGAUUGGAAAAGCCUAGAUGGUCAUUUUCUAAGCCUACUCAUCAUGAAGAUUUAAAUAUCCUGACACGGGGAAAUAAGCCCCUACUUACAGUAUUUGUCAUUUUAUCUGUUGUAUUAAUACUUUAGUCCUGCAUUUUCUUUCUCCUAUUUUAUUUGUUUGAAUGUAUUUAAAAAGUCUGGCUGACAACUCCCAAAAAUGCCAAAAGCUAAGUUACAUUACAUUUGCUGAUAUUGUUAUUUAAUUAUGGUUUGUUUACCUUACCUUUGUGUUUACUUAUUUUCUCUGUAACAUUAGAUCACAUUCCAUAAGAAAACACUUCCCUUUUCCUGGGGGAUAAGUGUGCCCAGUUUCAGGUCAUUCUUAAACAGGUCAUCUGUUAUAUUGAGAAGGAAGGCGAUUUCUCUCGUUUGCACUUUUAGACAGUCACCACCAAUUUAACGGACUGUAGUGGAACCAGCAAGGAGGACCACAAAAAUACUUUGGACUAAGAACAAAUUAAUUGGAGUCCAACGUGGUGGUGGUGUCUGCUUACUAUGGACACAUGCAGAACCCAUGACCAGUUUAGCAACAUUUAAAGAUAAUCCCUUGGAUCAAUAAAAUAAAAGACCUUCAUGGCACUUAAGCCAUGCUGAUCACUAUAUUGUUUUGAUCACUUAAACCAUGCUGAUCACUGCGCUAGAGGCUCCAAAUAGAGGUUUUUGUCACGUCCUCUAUGAGAGCGUACAGACCACAGAGACGUGACUGACCAAGUACUUUGAUUUGUUUUGUAGGUUUAAUUUUAGCACACAUAGCUUUUGAGUUGACGGGGGACAGUUCUGCUGCCAGUAUGACUGUCACAGCAGACUUCUUUGUUCCAAGGAGCGCUUUAGAAGCUAUUCUUGCUGUGCGAUGACUUCCUUUGAAAUGAUUUAGUUGAAAAUGAAUGAUCAUGUGCACUUUGUAUUCUGAAGAGUAUGUCUGUUGGUUAUGUUGUGCUGAUGACCCCACCAAAACAUGGGGAGAGAGAGAGGAAGGGAAAAGUAUACUAAACGCUAACUUGUAGGCAUUGUUUGAGUGCUGUGGUGGUACUACAUUGAAUGUAGGGUCUUAACUCCUAUGCGUUUCUCUUCAUGUGUGUGCACUUCGAAUCUGUCUGUCAAAUGUUCUGCAUGCUAAUCAACAUGUGGAAACAGCUAACUGUGUGACACUGAAUGUUCUCUUGUUGACACUUUUACCGUCUUUUUGUCCAGUCGGUUCGUUUGUAUGUAUGUGUUUGUUUGUUUGUUUGUUUUUAUCACUUGCCUAAAAUGAAAUCUUGUGUGUUUCAAAAAUGCUUAAUUUGUGGUUCAAAAUAAACAUUUUGUUAAACUC